GUUUUAACAGGAACACAUUGGCUUUUGGUUACUUUCUGUGAACCAAACUGUGUGAAUGGCAAACAUGGAAAUCAUACAGACAUUCACAUUAAUACUUCUGCUUUCUCCUCAGAUCAUCAUGUGGACAGACUACCAGACAGCAAAUAUUCUGGCCUACACACGGACGAUGGAGAAUGGCUCCAUAGACCAAGCGCUGGUUGUUUUGGUGAAUGAAGCCACAUUUGCAUACUUCGACCAGGCAAAAAAUACAUUUGUCUUGCGUCCCAGUGCAAGCGCUGGGUUCUCAGUUUUAGAAGACAGCGAUCGCUCGUUCUGCAUGAAUGAGGUGCUAGCAGGAUUUUAUCGACAAACUAAUUACCUGGAGAAACUCAAACAAGAAACAAAUUCAUCGAAAGCACUUUUGGUACGUCCUUCAGUCAAUGUGUAUACUGAAUUUCCUGAAGAACAAGGAAAAGUAAAUGUCCUUUACUGCUAUGCCACUGGGUUUUACCCUGGUGACAUUGAAAUAAACUUUUAUCUAAAUGGCCAAAAGUCCACUAUGAAAGCAGAGACCUCUGACUUAAUGUAUGGGGAAGACUGGACCUUCAAAGUGUACAAGUAUAUGAAUAUCACCCCACAGUAUGGGGAUGAGUACACAUGUGAAGUGAGACACAGUAGUUUGGCUGAACCUAAAAUGACAGAGUGGAGGCCUGAAUUUUCAGCAUCCACAUCACAUCUCUACUGGGCUUAUGCACUACCUCUUGGCAUCCUGUUGGGAAUCAUGGUAUCUGUCCUGAUUUUAAGAAGACAACAGCGUUCUCAAUUAUAAUGGGGAAAAACUGAACUGCAGUACAUAUGUUCAUCUAAACUUUGUGGCUUAUAGAUGAGCACAGUAUAAAACUCACUUAUUUAGGUAGAAUCCAUUACAAUCUAUAAUUUAAUCUUUAUUCUGCAAAUCCAUGUUUGCCAAUUUUAUGCUUGGUUUCACAGACAAGGCUUAAAGCCUAGUCCCAGACAAAAAAAAAU